CCUGUGGUUUCCGGGCGCUACUUGGUCCUGCGAACUAUUGCACGUCUGUUAAGACAAAAGUCGAGCUGGUGAAAAAAAACCGCUGUCUUGGCCCGCUACUAGAGUAUUGAAUACAUUACAGAUGGGCUUAACCUGAGGUCAAGCCACAUUUGGCUGUCAUCCUGCUCCAUUCAAAGACAUGGCAGACAGUUUUUACAAGUUGGAAGAUGAAGCCUUCCCCAGUUUCCUCUGCCAGUCUGUGGACAGCACCAGUGGCCGUGCCACACUGGGGAAUGUGACGCUGGGGUCAGGCCCAGGACUGCCGGUGGCUGCCUCGACAGUUGCGAAAAUUAGACCCGGGUCUGACAGCAGAGAAGAUCCCGGUGAGGUGUCAUAUUUAGAGGGCAAAAAGCUGCAGCAGGCCAACUCACAGUCAUCAGUUGGAGAACAGCCCAAGUUUGCCCUCAGCUUUAAAGAUGACUUGGACAAAGCAGAUGACUUCAUUGCAGCCCAUCGUCUUUCAGACAUGCUGGUGAAGAUUAAUCUGGAUGAAAGCGUAUCGCGAAACCAAGGCUCCAUGCUGGGGCUGCCUCCUACACAAAUGGGCUCAGUUCAUGGCUGGCACACAGAACUUUUAACAGAUCUGUCAACAGGGCUUCUGGCGCUUGCCCAACUUGGACAUAAAGAUAGUACAGAUGCAAAGCUUCAGGCCUUCCAAGCUACAGUUGGAGAGGACAGUGUGCAGAGUGAGGGAAUGGACAGUGACCAUUUCAGUGGUAGUAACUCAAGCUUCCUGGCAAAUGAGAAGCUCAUGUCUGUGGAAAGCAUGCACAGUGAUAUCACAGAUGAUGAUGCUGAUUUGAACAACCUGCCUGAUGAUGAACUGGAGCUGUACUUCAAUAAACUGGUCCCUCCUGCCAUGCAGAGAGGCAGAGUGGAGGGCCAGGAGAUUCCUUCAACAGGACUGUCUGGUGCUGCUGAUGACGUACAUUCUGCAGAGCCAGAACAUUAUAGACACCAGUUCCUUGAUGACUAUGAUCAGGAGGACUUCAGGAUGCCUGAUGUACGUCUGGCUGCUACAGGUAUGGACUCCUGUCCUGCCAGUGAUGAGGACACUGAGGAUGAACUGGAGUCUGCCAGAAGGAACAGCAAUGCUACCAGGACACGGCUGUUGCCAAGCACCUCCAGACAACUGGUUGGAGAGAGUAAUCGUCCAAGUUUCAGGCCGGGUUUAGAGGGAGGCAGUUCUGAUGAUGAGUCGUUUAGUGGCUGCAGCGGGCCAUCUGUGUCUGGGAUUGAACACAGACGAUCUGCUGAGGGACAAGUCAUCAACCCUCCAGUCACAGGGGAUGGAGGAGGAGGGGAUGGGAGCAGUGGAAGCGAGGAAAGUGGAAAUUAUGGGGGAGUUUCAACCAUCCCUCUUCCAACGACUAACGUCCAGACCACCUAUGAUGUCCUGCGUGGGUUAGGGAUUGUGGGUAGCAGUGCUGUUGGUGAAGAUGAAGACGGUGAUCCGAAUAAUCUCGGAGGACAUGGAAGGAAUAGCCUUUCCAGACAUACUGAGAUGGGUGACCGUGUGGGUCCUGUUGGAACAGGGGAGGCCAGCUCGCAGGGAGCAUCAUUAGGAACUCAGAAGCUUUCUCCUGUGAACUGGAGCACAGUGCUGGACCGACAGGAGGCACUGGAUGCCAUGGAAAGCACAGAGCCUGGGCCCACUGUUGACCGACUGAUAGACUCCUGCUCCUACCUGAGGAGUGGAGCUGGACUCAGAAGACCUCAGGACUUAGCAAACCUUACUGUCUCCCACCUUCAAGGCAACCAGGGGAGCUUCCACCUCUCCCAGGUGCUGCUCCCAGAAUAUGAUGAGGAAGAGGAGGAGGAGGAGGAUGAUGAUGAGGUAGAUGAACCUGAUGGUGCCAGGCCCUCCUUGGGCUUAAGGGGAGGACCCUGUGGUAAUGUGACUGCUGCAGAGGCCUCAGGCAGUACCAGUGAGGAUGACAAAAAUCCUCUUUCAACCUCUCUGGAACCCAAGUAUUUCUCCCAGAGCUUCCACCAAGAACAAGACGAUUCAGAUGAUAUGUGGAACCAUUGCCCAGACAACCUGGAGCUGGAGUUUCAACAAGGUGCCAGUACCACUCAUAGUGUGGUGUACCAGAAUGAAGAAGGGCAGUGGGUGACAGACCUAGCAUAUUACUCCUCCUUUGAGAAAGAGGUUGAUGGGAAGACAUCAGAUAAUGCUGCCCAGUUUCAAACGGAGGACUUUGUUAAUGCCGGUGAUGCUUUGGAAAAGAUAGUUAAAGAUCAAGAAGAGUUUGAAAAAGAGCACCAGUUCAUGCAGGAGGAGAAGAUUGAACCAGCCAGCAGCAACAGCACUUUUCAGAGUGAAUCAUCUUGGAAGGCCCCCACCAACAGCCACAUCCUGAUGAGGGCUUCCCAGGUCUCCUCAGAGUUCAGUCCGGGGAACCAAAGCUACCUGCGCCUCUCUUUAGGGCAGUUUUUUGGACAACGGUCUGAAGCCCUGGGCUGUUUGGGCGGCAUUGGUGAUGUGGAUGGGGUGAAACGGCCAUCCUUUGGCUACAUUAUUACCUCUCCAGAGAAGAGGGAACCAUUUCCCCUGAUACACCCCUCAGAGUUCUCAGCUAGAGUCAGAUCUCCUCACAGUGACACCAUGGAACUCAGUGACGAAGACAAAACACUCAACCCAGAGGACCUAGACAAAACUGUUGAGGCGCCAGGUGAAAGGAUGUCAUCAAAACUUGAUAUUGAUCUAGAAAGCGGUGAACAGGGGAUACAGGACCACACUGUUAGUGCUGCACUACCUGACCACAGUGAGGGCUCUGGCUCUGAGUCAAGCUUGGGCAACCAAACCUGUGUCCCCCCUGACAACAGCAGUCAUCUGAUGCUGAGUAUCAGCACAAUUGCUUCUGCCAUUGCUGAUGCAUCCAUCAGCACUGACCCAUCACAACUGGCUGCCAUGAUCAUGGAGCUCUCUAAGCGGAGCAAGGCAAAGAAUCAGCCCACGUCUGCUGGACCUGUUGGACCCGCUGUUAGCAGCACUGAGGAAUCACACUCAACUGAACAUAUCCUCUCUGAGCAAGAUCAGAGUGCCAUGGUGGACACGCUGCAGAGAAGCACCUAUGUUGGGGAGCUGAGUGCCUUUGACAUAGAGAAAUACCUGAAAAAGACUGAUGUGUCUAGCACCGGUAAUGCCUCUGUGGCACACACUACCUUUGACCUGACCAGCUGGGCUGAAAACCUCAGCAGGAACCCUCAGACAGGAGACCCUGAGGAACAGAGGAGCUCAUCUCAGCAAGUAGACAGUGAGACUCAAAAGAUGCCCACAAGUACAAAAAUGGAAGAGAGAGACAGGAGAGGAGAGACAACAUUAAACACUAGCUCUGCAGUGUCCCUUUCAAAUGCAUUCUCAGCAGGUGAUAAAGGAGAAUCAAAAAGAAGCUCUGUUCCUUGUCCUAGUACAUCUUUCAGCUCUGCCAGAAGGGCGGUGGGAUCAGGGCAGUCUUCGACAAUCAAGCCUCCUACAGAAAAAAUGGGAGCUUGGGAUAAUGCAACUUCUUCUGCCACUAAGACUUGGGGUUCCACAGGCAGGAUCCCCACAGAAAAUGGAGUGAAGCCAGGAGAACUAAACCCACAAGCAUCCAACAAUACUAGGUCAUCUUUAGAACCACCACAAAACAGUGAUAAAAUUUCUGCAGUCUCACCCGGCUUGCCCAGAACCUCUCCAGGAAGGAAGAAAGGGAAGUCAGGCCUGCCUUGUUUCAAAGGUUACUCUGCCCCGACUCAGAGGGUGAGGAGUGCAGGCCAGCAGCAGCAGGACAGACCCAGUAAUUUUCCAGAGAAGAAAACACCACCCAGGAAUAUCACGGCUGCACCACUGCCUUGUAGCUCUGUGGUGAAAAAUGUUGGCUUCUCUUGCCAAAACAUCCAGCCUCCAUUAGACCCUGCAUCUGAGCUCCCGAAGGGUUUUUCAGAGCCCUGUGUGGAGGAGACGCAGUGUAACUUCAGACCGUCCACCUCUCCACUAACCCACUCUUCUCCAAGUCAGACCUCCAUUCCCAGUGCUGAUGGUAUGGUGUCACCUCCUUCAACCAGUGGAGGUCUGGCAGACAAACGCCCAGGUCUUGAACUCUCUCCUCAGUCUACCUGCUCCAGCCCUAGUCUCAGCAGGCUCACAUACAUCUCAAUGAAUGAUGGCACUGUCAUACCUACACCUGAGAGACAAAAGAACAAUUGUACCAUGGCACUGAGCACCACCAUCAUCAGAUUCAGUCCUACUCCACCUGUAGGAACAGAUGCACAGUCUAACCUCGAUAUUCCUUGCCUGCCUAAAAGCCUGGACCAGAUGCAAUCACAGCAUUCUAAAAGUCUCGACCCAAUACCAGCACGGCAGUGUAAAAGCCCAGAGCCCUCACGUAGUGGUUCUGCUCUGAGCUGUACUCGCAGUCAGAGUGAAUGUAACUACCACUGUCCUGGGGACAGGACCUGUGAUCUUUCGGCAGGAUGCAGGACCCACAAGCCCCUCUCUGAAUCCAGUGUAAGGCAGCUCACUAAAGUGGACUCAGGCUAUUGUAGCAAUCUGAACAUUCAGCAAUCUAGGAGCACCACAGCUCCUCAGAGCUCCCAGCAAUGGGGAGCUGCUAGCUCAGUCUCAUCGUCUGUGUAUGCUGGUGGCCUUGGCAUGCCUCCAUCCUACCCAUCAGAGGGACUUCACUAUGUGCCCAUCCCCAGCUUUAAGCCCCAAUGUGCUGGCCUGAUUGACCUUCCCCACCAAGGGGAUAUGCAGUCCCUCCUCACUGGACGUUCUCUCUACAACUCCCAGCUGGCUCAGAAGUAUUUGGGAUCUGAAGCUCCAAUACAUCCUGGUUCAUAUCACAUGGGAACAACAGGAAAUGGUCUCUACAGCACACCCAACAGUGAUCUAACAGUGAGACACAUCCAUCCUACAUCAGGGCCUCUGGGAAUUACUGGGGCUGCUGGCGCUCAACACCUCCCCAGACCCCAUCAGAUCCAACAGGAGAGAGGAAUAAUGGGGAAACCCUACACUCAGUAUGAUGCGGAGCCACUGGUGGCAGGUGGUCUUGAGGAACUGAGAGGCCAAGUGGUGGUACCAGGGGAGCUGCGGUUCCCUCAUGCCUGCUGUGUAGGCAUCGCCUCACAGACCUCCCUCAGUCUCUUCAACCCCUCUGAGAGAUGGCAGCAAGUGUCAAUCAGUGUCACCAGCCUGGCUAUUGAUGGAGAGAAGGUGGAUAGCUUGCCUUAUCAGUGGCUCAUAGUUAAGAACAAGACGAUCAUUGGGCCGAAAAGUACAGAGGAGCAGAAGGUGUUGUUCAUACCUCCACAGGCUGGUGUCUACCAGUGUGUCCUCAGUGUUUGCUCUUGGCCUGCAUCUGCUGAGACAGAGGUGGCUGCCAGGGCUACUAUCUUUGCUAAAAGGGUGGUGCUGGUUGCCAUAGCAGAGAAUCCUGCAAUAGAGGUUGAAGUAAGCAAAUCUGGCUGUUUGGAUUUUGGAGACCUUCCAGGAGGCAGUGCCAAAUCUCUUCCUCUCAAACUGAUCAACAGGACACAGGCCACAGUACCCAUCCGUCUGGUUAUCAGUGCAAAUGCUACAGCAUGGCGAUGCUAUACCUUUUCCAAGCAACCUGGUACCAUGACAUCUGAAGCAACACAGCAGGCUGGACAGAUGACCCCAGUGUCCUCUCCCUCGGUGAUGAAUCACGUGAUGCAUGCCAGCUACGGAGAGAAUCCAGUAAGCUUCAUGGUUUGGAUACAUUUCAAGGCCCCUCAGAAGUACACCUUUUCAGGAGAGCUUGGUCCUGCUGAUGAGUACGUUGCUCGGGUGGACAUUGAACUGGACUCUCCUGGUCCGAGUCAUGUGAUCUGGAGUAUUCCUCUCAGCGCCAGGUCUGGAACUGCAAGGGUACAUGCUCCUAAAGACCUGCAGACUCUCAGCCUGUCUGCUCCACUGGGUAAAUGUAGUCAACAGACACUGCCAUUAAAGAAUGCUGGGAACAUUGACGUGCAGCUAAAACUCAAGAGCAGUGAUGCUGAGGACAGUUUCUCUGUGACACCUGAUGAACUGUUCCUGAGAGUAGGAGAGGAGCAUGGGAUCAUUGUUUCGUUCAAAGCACAGGGCAACAGGAAAUGCAGAGAAAGCCUUCUCACCAUCUUGGUGUUGCCGUCAGGCCCUCAGUAUGAGGUAACCCUGAAAGGAGAAGUUGUCCCAGAGGAUUCUGGGAAAUCUGCCAUUCCCUCUGCUUCAGUCUUUAGCCCUGGUCUGGCCAAAGACAUUCCACCGAUUCUCUCUAAUAAACAGUUCAUAGCUUGGGGAGGGGUAACUCUGGGACGAGCUGUCCAACAGAAGCUGGUUCUAAGGAACAACUCUACCAAUGCCACACAGCAGCUGCGGUUGCUCAUUCGUGGUCAAGACCAGGACUGUUUUCAGCUCCAGAGUAUGUUCAGUCCAGAAGAGCGUCUGACCCGACAUGGGGAGCUGUCCAUCCGCCCCAGAGAGGAUGUGGCCGUCCACCUGCUCUUUGCUCCCACCAGGGUGGCUUCCAUGUUGGCCAAGCUGGAGAUUAAACAGUCUGGAGUCCGGCCUUCACAGCCAGGGGUCAAAUUCACUAUUCCACUGUCGGGCUACGGUGGGACCAGCAACAUCAUCCUGGAGGACCAAAGGAAACAGGCGGACAGCUAUGUGGCAACACUGACUGACAUUACUGUUGGUCGCGUCAGCAAAGUGUGUCUCUGCGUGAGGAACACCGGCUCCAGAGCAGCCUUCAUCAAAGCCGUGUGCUUUUCUGAUAUGCAGACGCGAACAGUUUUGGAACCCUCUGUCAUCAGCCUCGCCCCGUCACAGUUUGUGCUGAAGGAAAGGACCCAAGAGGUGAUAACUGUGCUCAUGAAGUCCACCCAACGAGAACAGAGCCUGUGUCAGUCAGCCAGUGCACUACUGGGCACUAUUUAUCUGUUGUGUGGAGAUGAGGUGUCCAGGCAGCAGUACAGGAGAUUGCUUCAGAACAAACCAGAGGCUGCACGGAAGGCUCUGUCUGAGAACAGUCUGCUUAAAAACAUUGACUUUAAUGAGAAGUUCCUCGGAGAAGAGAAUGUGACGGAAACCUGUGACCUGCCCCAGCGGCCCAAUGAGGCUCACAUUUUCUAUGGAAACAUGAGUAAGGUGGUGGUGUCAUUGCUUGGAAGUACAAAGAGCACAGACUGUGAGGAGAGGGACCAUACUGAGCUGCGGCUGCCCUCUGCCAGAAAUGGUUCAGAGACAGACAGUAGUUUGACAAAUGGCAGCGUGUCUUUGGAUGUACUGCCAGUCAAGGGUCCCCAGGGUCAAGCACUGAGAGUCACAGAACCCUCCUUAAAGGCUUCAGAUCCAUUACAUAGACAGUCUGAUUCCUGGACCAUCCAUCCAGAACAGCUUGUCCUCACAAGUCCUACCAUCAAUGGUGCAGCCACCACCAGUCAGAUUCAGAUCCGGAACAAUACAUCCAGAGAGUUGAGCUUUGAUUUGAGCUGGCCUGCCCACUGCCUUACUAUCACUCCUCAGCAUGGAGUAAUUGAGCCUCAGUGCCACCUGCAGAUUUUGAUCAGCCCCAACCCCUCACUAGCAACUAAAUCUGCUCUGCUGCCAUGGAGUGGACAGAUUUAUGUCCAGUGUGAUGGUCAACAGAAGUUUAUUAAGAUCCAGAUUCGUCAGGACCUGGCUCUGGAUGUAUCCGCAGCCCCUGCAGAUACGACGCUGUCGGCCCUGCCUCCUCAUGCUGCCACCCCUGUGCUGCCUGUGGCCAGGCUCACCACCAAGCCCUCAAUGCCUCUGCAGACCCCACAGACACCUCAGGCCCAGGUGGAGAUCAGCAACAAGACCAUCAUCUUCCCCACCACUCCCUCAGAGGAAACAUCAGAGGCCAAGCUGGAGGUGCAGAAUGGAGAAGUGGAAGUGAGGUGGUACCUGUCAUCAUUUGCCCCUCCAUAUGUCAAGGGGGUUGACAACACUGGAGAUGUUUACCGGGCCACCUACACUGCUUUUAGAUGCUCCAGGGUCUCAGGAACUCUGGGAGCUAAUGAGAAGAUGCAGGUGCCAAUUACUUUCCUGCCCAGAGACCGAGGGGACUAUGCCCAGUUCUGGGACUUGGAGUGCCACCCAGUGUCUGAGCCCCAGCAGAAAACCAGAAUCCGCUUCCAACUCUGUGGCACUGGAAUAAAAUCUGGACCAGUAGAAGGACCACAGGAAGGAGACAGCUCACUGGUGAAAACAGAGCCCACAGUUAAGACCAGAAAGAGGGCCGAUGCCUCAGCAGGCAAAACCAGCCAGGAGGCUGCGCGGAGGGGUGUGUAUUCGCCACAGGAUCUGUACACCUUCCCAGCUACACGGGUGGGUGAAUCCAGCACUCUUAAGGUCAGCAUCCGCAACAACUCGUCCAACACGCAUGAGCUGAAAUUUGUAAACUGUCAGGAGCCCUUCCACAUCAAGCAUUCCAAAUAUUCCCUGAGAUCACAGCACUAUCUGAAGCUGCCCGUCCAGUUCAAGCCCAGUUCUGCGGGCCGACACGCUGGCCUGCUACUCAUCCAGUCAGAAACAAGUGGAAGUCUUGUUAUUCAGCUGAUCGGUGAGGCAUUGCCUCAAAGUCACUAUCUACCAUCCUAUGCCACUUCCUCGUGCUGACCAGCUGGAAAAGGAAAAACUGCAAAAUGCCAAGGAUCAAAUAAAACAACCCUGGACUUAGAGCAUUCCUUGUCAUCAUAUUUAGAAAUGCAGAUUGUAGCUAAUUAAGUGGAGAUGACUGAGAAUGUCCUGCCAACACUGCCCCAUCUGCCUCUCGAUAAGGCACAGGUGUCAUCAGCUAGGCCGUGAAAAAUGAUUGUGCCUGUUUGUGCCUGAAGCUGAAUGAUUUGGUCUGACUGGCUCACAAUUAGUCUGCACCACUCUGGCAUUUCAGAGAGUUAAUGAUUUUUGUCACUUGAUUCUGGAUCUGGUAUUUGCCUUAUCCCUCGGUCGUGUCACAAGGCAGCAUUGUUUUUUGCCACGGCUUCUGUCAGAGAGUAGCAUUACCAGUUGGGAUAUGUUGGGCAUUACUUGGAGUUGGUCACUCAGGAAUGCCUUUAUCUCUUGUUUGGAAACAUGACGGUGGGGAUUUUGUGUUUUGGAAAAGCCAUACCGUGUUGCCUUUUUGCCACUUUACAUAUUAGAAAUCUAUUUUUUUUUUUUUUUUUUUUAAAAGUAGCCUAGGCAAAUUAUUUUUUUGGGUCAAACCCGAUUAAGUCAUUUGUUUUUAACUGUAACAAGACCACAGGAGAUUUUAAGGAUUCUGUUUUUUAAGAAUCGAUAAGGUGUCUUUACAUUUCAUAAGAUUUCCCUAAUCAUCUUUGCCUGUGUGGUUUCUAUGGAAAUGGCUCCUCAUCAUGCAGAUCCCACCUGGACAGUGGCCUUUGUUAGCAACAUGUGUAGACUUCCCAGCAACAUCCAAGACUUGUUCCAAACAGUCCAGAUGUACUUGAUUUAGUCAUGAUCAGGGAAGCUCAGAGCACAUUAGGACUGUUCAUGAUUGUUAUUACAUGCUUAAAGAGUUUCCUGCGGUGGGGUUUUUGUUGAGCAGCUUGCCAGGCCUGCUUAGUAUGGUUGCCAUGGUAAAGUGGUGUUAAUUACAGUUCAAGUCACAGAAAAUUAGCACCCCAUUUCCUCCUUUGGCUCUGGGGCAAACGACCAAAAUUGCUUGGGGGGUAUUGGAUUCACGUCAUAAUCAUUUUUUGUAACUGGAAUGACAUGGGGAAAUGUAUGUAAGCUUCAUCCAAGAUGUGUUGUUGUGUUGCCAGGCAUUGUGACAACACUUUGGAAAUAAAAACACUAGUGAUGAGCAAUAUUUUUGUGCUUGUAUAGCAAGUUUUGAAAUUAAGACAAUAUGUUGUCACAGGCCGCACUCAACAUGCCCUGACAGCUAUCCUAACGUACUCUGAGUUACUAUUUGCACAUGCUUUAAAUAGUAUUAUGUAAUAUAUUGUGGUAUGUACACAUUUUAAAUAAAGUUUGAUGAAUA